GGAGGGAGGCUGUAAACAAACAUGAUGGAUUUUAUCAGCGGGAAUGUUUCAUAACUAAAGCAUUUACAGUCACUUACUUGGCUUUUAAAUAUGUUCCACGUGUUUUACCGAGAAUGUCGUGCGACAGCUUUCUAUUUUCUACACUAAAGCCCGUCUCGUUGGCAGCUCUCCAAGUUUGACUCCGCUCUUCUGGUCCAGCAACAUACCAUCAGUCAAUCAAUCGCUUUAUGACACGGUGACACGAGCUCUUUGUAGAUCAGUGGGUCCGUGGAUUAAAGCGACAACAAGGAACGGGAGAGUAAAUGCAGCCUGCCGCCACAGGCCAUGACGUUUAUAACUCAGCAAUGUUGAAGGCCAACAACAUAAAUGAAGGGGAAAACGCACUAACGGCUGACAGCUGAUGACACCGGAAGCAGGUUCGGUUUGCCUGACGCCGCCAGGGGUCGCUGUUUACCUCCAAACGGGAAACGUUAGCGGCGAUUUCACGACCGCGUCCGCUGAUCCUCACGAUGAACUUCAACACGAGUGUCCAGUACGGCAGCCGCACCAGUAAAGAAAAUGUCCCACCUUCCAGCACGACCAAGCCGUUCCAGGUCCAGGGGUCCAGGCAGCGGAGCGUGCUCGGCGUCCUGUCAGAGAACGAGCCGCGCGGCCGUUCCUCCAAUCAGGGGAGCCAGCUGUCCAGACGCAGCGCGGCCUCAGACUGCUCCCAGUUCAACCAUCUCGGCUGCUGGUCCAGUUCCAGUUACGACGUGUGCGUGGAAGAGGCCCGUGAAGUCGUUCUUGCGGCUUCUGGCCAUGAAGAGGUUUCCGGCGGCUGUUACCCAGACAACACGGAGCAUCUGGGCCCCCCGCUGCAUUCGCGCCCAGGUUCCUGCAGAGAUGCUCUCGUCCAGUUUGAACCCGAUGAACCCAUGCUGCGUCCGUCUGAGUACACAGAGGACAUACACCGACACCUGAGGGAGCGUGAGAUGGAGCUCCGACCGAGGCCAGACUACCUGAGGAAGCACCCGGAGGUCACGGGCGGCAUGCGGCUCGUCCUGGUGGACUGGCUGGCGGAAGUCACCCAGGAAUACAAGCUUUGCUCCGAGACGCUGCACCUCGCCGUCAACUACGUGGACCGCUUCCUGUCGCGCGCCGCGCGCGUGACGCGGGCCAAGCUGCAGCUGGUCGGCACGGCGGCGCUGCUGAUCGCGGCGAAGUACGAGGAGACGUCGCCGCCGGAGCUGGGCGAGUUCGCGGACGUCACGGACAACGCGUACACCAGCAGGCAGCUGGUGCGGAUGGAGCACUUCGUCCUGCGCGUGCUGCGCUUCGACGUGGCGGCGCCCACCGCCAGCCAGUUCCUGCGCCUGUUCGCGUGCGUCCACGCGGUGUGCGCGCGCACGCGGAGCCUGGCGCUGUACGUAGCGGAGCUGAGCCUGUUGGAGAUGGAGCCCUUCCUGCAGUAUCCUCCGUCCAAAGUGGCGGCGGCCGCCUUCUGUCUGGCCUCGUACACUGUGGACAAGUCUCUAUGGCCCGAUUCCCUGCGCGUCCUGACCGGGUACACCGUGGGCGACAUCGCGCCCUGCGUGGCGGAGCUCCACCGGCUGCACGUGGCCGCGGAGCGUCGCCCCGAGCAGGCCGUCAGGGAGAGGUUCAAGAGCCCGGAGUACUACGGCGUGUCGUGGGUGACUCCGCCUCCGGCUCUGCCUUUCCUCUGAGUCACCUCAGCCCAGCGAGUGCGUGACCGCCUAUGAGACCAGUUCCAUUUAGACUUAGUCUGUGAAAUGAAAGCAGAGCUGUAGGAACAUAGAGAUGUUUGAAACAGCGUAUUAAUAAUUAGACGCGUAGUCGAACCCGGACAUUGACGUUUGGCUGUUGAAGGUAAGCUGUGUUUUAACGCUGCUUCUCGUCGGACCCUGUGGUCAGACGUGAUUCUGAAAUUGGUGCAAACUAGUUGAUAAUGUGGUGAAAAUGUAAAUAAAUCCACUCUGGUAGUUCUG